GCUAAGAUGUUAAGUUUAAUUAUGUCUGUAUAUGAUAUGCAAGGUUUUAUAACGCCUAUAACUAUAAAGGGUAAAAUAAUUUUACAAAAUGUACAUAGGAGUGGAGUGAGCUGGAAUUGCCCUAUCCACUUAAAAGAUUAUGAAUGUUUUUUAAAAUGGCUUAACGAUUUAAAAUUAUUAGCACAACUUCGUAUCCCGCGUUGGUACAACAACACAGGUUUGUGGACUGAUUGUUAUCCCCAAACAAAUUCAGAUGAUCCUGAACGAAUAAUCAACACCGAGAUGCAUAUAUUUUGCGAUGCCUCCUUGAAGGCAUACGCAGCUGUUGUUUAUUGGCGAUUUAUUCGCACGGAUGGUAAGGUGUUCAUUUGUUUUGUCACUAGCAAAAGUCGGGUGAGCCCGUUACGACCGGUGUCCGUACCCCGGUUGGAACUUCAAGCAGCACUGCUAGCUGCACGUUUGGCGAGCACGGUCCGGACGGAGCACACCGACAUCACACCGACUAGACGGUAUUUUUGGACAGAUUCUAAAACUGUAUUGCAAUGGAUUCGAAGCGAUCCACGUACGUUCAAACCGUACGUCGCCCAUAGGUUGGGCGAGAUAGACGAAUUGACUCGCGUCAUGGAAUGGAGGUACGUACCAACAGGCUUGAACGUAGCAGAUGUUGCCACGCGUGAGGACGCCCCAGAGAUUUUAUACUCUGAUAAUGGAACCAACUUUAGAGGUGCAGAUGCCGAGCUUAAGCGCAGUCUCCAGGAGCUGAAUUUUGAACGCCUACAGGACGACGGUUUGGUAAGAGGCAUAGAAUGGCGUUUUAUUCCUCCAGGUGCUCCAGAAAUGGGUGGCGCCUGGGAGCGAUUGGUGCGCUCUGUCAAAACGGCAUUAAAGGUCGUACUUAAGGAACGAGCACCACAUUUCGAUACUUUGUCUACUCUGAUGUGCGAAGUGGAAGCUUUAAUCAAUAGCCGACCCAUCACUCAUGUUUCUACUGAUCCUAAUUACCCAGAGGCUUUAACACCUAACCAUUUUCUAAUAGGUACCUCCUCGAGUGGAACUCCUUACGGUAAGUACGAUAACGGUGACCUUUGUAAUUUAGGCAAGCGUUGGCGAGUAGCACAGAGGCUCACAGAUUUGUUUUGGAGUCGUUGGUUAAAAGAAUAUCUCCCAACAUUGUUACCUAGGCAAAAAUGGAAUGACGAGGCAAAAGCAUUAUCAGUAGGUGAUUACGUAUUGAUUGUCGACCCUCAGUUAGAACGCGGUUCGUGGAAGCAUGGCGUAGUGAGUGCGGCCCAUGCCGGAGAGGACGGCAGAGUGCGUUGCGUUGAUGUGCAAACGCGCACGGGCGUUUUAAAGCGUCCAGUAACUAGAGUAGCAUUGCUUGAGGUAUAGGUUUGUAGUGCUGAGGAGUCAGCACUAGGGGGCGGUGUUGACGAUAGAACUUAAAAGCCGUCAUAAUGUUUUUAUUUGUGAUUUAACCUUACUGAUAUUGUAACAUAUAAUUUUGUUUAAUUUCUUUGUUGUAUUCUACUACAUUAAUUCCAUAAAUACUAUUUGUUAUCUGUAACCUACCAAGGUAGAUGUAAAAAUAUUUAGUAGUUUUUAAAUAUAAAAAAUAAAAUGAUUUUGGAGGGUGGACGGCACUUUUGCAGUCGAAUGUCGUCCGUCGAACGUACUGUGCGCACCCAUGUUUGAAAA